ACUCGAAGCUUUUUUGGCUUUGAUAACGGCUCUCUCUUCAUACGGGACGACUGGAUGUAACAGGGGCUCGAAGGAUACCAUCUAUAGCGGAAGCUGAGAGGGCAGUGAAUAUUUAAUGAUCCAGGUGACAGCUGCAAAGAUUGGAUUUCCAUAUUGUAGCCGAAGUACAAACACGAUCCCAACAGCCGAGGAUAAUUCGAGAUUGUGCCAACUGGAUUUGAGUUCCCCCGAGCCGGCUAUGGAUGUAAAGGACAUUUUAUUAUGGCGAGAUGUCAAAGUGACUGCAAUUGUAUUUGUCAGCGGGUUUGUCCUCCUGAUCUGCAUGACACAGUUUAGUGUGGUCAGCGUUCUUACCAACAUAGCACUGGUUUGCCUCGCUCCCAUGCUCGCCUUGCGACUGCUGAUGACUGCAAGAUCUGCAUUUCUCAGAAGUGAAUUUGAGCAUCCUCUCAAGGCGUAUUUAUCUAGGGACAUAGAAGUUUCCAAAGAUAAGGCGGAUCUUGUCGGUGAGAAAGUUUCUGGGUUUGCUGUAGCCAUGACGACAAAGCUAAGAGCACUCUUUUUAGUGGAUGAUCUGCCAGCUUCACUGAAGCUGCUAGUAGCCUUGUAUGUUCUCUCUUACGUGGCUCAGUGGUUCAGUGGAAUUACUUUGACAUUCAUGGCAUUUAUUGGAGCCUUUACAAUUCCAAAGAUUUACGACAUGUACGAAACGGAGAUCAAUUCGUGCUUGGGUAAAAUCAAAAGUGCUGUAGAAGACGCAACAGGAAAAAUUGCUUCUAAAAUGCCAAAAGGAACGACGAAUCCUGCCAGCAAGGAAACUCAAGAAGACAACGACAAGAAAGCAUCAUGAAUGAAAUAAUUCACUGAACGCUUUUGAAAUUAGUAGGAUAAUGUUUUAAAUAUUAGGAAUUGUUUUUUACAUUUCUGGUUUUAUUUUCUUGUAUUAAUUCUUCCACUCUGACAUUUUCCAUCAAAUUUAUUUUUUCCUUGUAUUUAUCUAGUCGUUUAUUUUUGUUUAUUUAUCAUUUAUAUAGAUAUCGGAAUAUUUUAUUUGUUUUCAUUGUUGGACUAUUUAAAAGUUAACAAACUAUUCGUUGACUCAGUUUCAUUCCCGGGGCAGCUCUGUUUCUCGUAGUCAGCAGGGCUUGGAAAAGACAUUGUUCAAUGCUUUACAUGCCCAGGCCUACAUGGAGCGAAUAUGCACCAAACUUGUAGAAGCUGUUUGUCUUUAAAAGGUUUUAUCUUAAAAUACUUGCGUCCAAAACAUUGAAACAGUUCUGCUGUUUUUUCCUCAAACUAAGGUCAAGAGCGCACUGAUAAAACCUCAAAACUGUGGUCCUAACUUAUACCUUUAUUGAAGGGGAAUGAAAACUAAGUUGAAUAAAUGAUCUUGGAUGAGCAACGAACACUAA